AUGGCUGUAACGGCGAGCGGUCGGCUGCUGGCACAGCUGGGCCAGGUCUGCGCCGCGGCGAGGCGGUCGUUCGCCAGCAACGCCCACACUGAGAAGAGCUCGGGCCGCAUGUGGAGGACGCUGACCUUCUUCGUGGCGCUCCCGGGGGUGGUGGUCAGCAAGCUCAACGCCUACCUGAAGUCGUGGGAGCAUCACCAGCGGCCCGAAUUCGUCCCCUGCCCCCACCUCCGCAUCCGGACCAAGCCCUUCCCAUGGGAAGAUGGAAACCACACUCUGUUUCAUAACCAUCACCUCAAUCCUCUCCCAAACUGGGUAUGA